GACCUUAUCGAUAUGUUGUGUAUUUGAACGGCAGAUCCAUUCUCACAAGUCUCUCUCAUCUCUUCUAAUAUUAUUCCAGUUCCAGCGAUUCAAAACAUGCUCAAUAUCAAGCAAGAAGGCGUCGUCGCGGAUGCUCCACGAGCUCUCACCCCGAUCCCUCCAUUCAUCCAUCAUGUUUCUAUGGAGGAGUACAUGGGUAUGGAGCUGAACAGUGUGUACGAGGAGGCGACAAAGGAUUCGGCUCUCAAGAAAGUGGUCCUGGAUUUGCUGAAGGAUCGGAAGGCGAUGUGGGCGCCGGCAGCAAAGCCCAGCGAGGACAAGUGGCAGAAGCUGGGAGCCGAGGUGUUCUCGAGGACGGGGAAGGUUGUUAGUGUCACCCAGCUUCGCCGAAUGCUCGUCUCAUCAAAACACGUGCUCAAAACCAAGAUGUCCCAUUGCAUCAAGGUCAAAAAAAUGGAUCGUGUCUCCACCGAGGCCUACCUUCAGAAUUGGGAGUUCUACCGACACUUCCGCUAUUACCGUGAGACCCUCGGACAGUUUGAGGCCAACCUCCGCGGCGAACAAUGGACCGGAGAGGAUCAGCCGGCCGACGAUGAUGACGAUAUCAUCUAUGAUGGGAUUUUCGAGGUGGAGAUGGUUGAUAGAACCCGCGAAGCUCAGCCAGCGGAGAAUCAAGGGAAUCAAGAAGAGUACCAUGUCGAGGAGGUCCCGUAUGCUCAGGAAGAGCAGGUUUAUGAGAAUCAGCAGCAGAAUCAGCAGACCUACCCAAUGCACGGCGGAAGUCCCUCGAGCGACUACUCCACAAUCUCGGCUCACUCUCUCAAACGCCGUCGCUCCACCACCGUCGACUCUACCGCCGAGCAAAUCGGUGAAGAAAUUGACCGACUCAUUCAGCUGUACCCGCAGCGUGAGAUGCUCAUUAGGCAGGCGUUCUUCAAAACUAUCUUUGCGUUGGAGGAUGAGACGGUGGAAUUUUCGAAUCUCGGGGAUUUAUUCGAGGAUCUCGCCGAACAGGAGAACUUUAAGAGGCGCCGACGAAGCAGGGCUCAGCGGCUGGAAUAAUAAAUUUUAUAACUUUUAUUUAAUUGCUAUUUAAUUUUCGUAUCACGUCUCUCUUGCUUAUGGAUUCUUGAUUUUUGAUUCUUGAUUCUUUGUCCAAUUUCUCAUAUCACGCGGUCUCACUACUUCAGUAAAUUUGAAUUCACUUUGU